AAGAUCUGCAUUGAUCUUUCAAUCUGGUACCGUUCUGUAUUUGGUUCCCAUCUUGACGUUCCACUGCUCCGUAUGGGCCAGCUACUGGCUUUGCCAGUCGUUUCUUCUUUUAGAUAUAAACUGAACAUUGCAGAUAUGGAAAUGCUAAAAUAUCUACUGCAAAAGUUGAAGACCAUUGUGAAACCAGGAAUAGCGGGAAGCAUGGAGUUGGCCCGUUCGCUUCUGACAGGUAGUGAUGUGGGAGAUGUUCUCGAAUUCGAGGUGGGAGCUGAGAUUUUCACUUAUUUUACUAUUCGAGGAGAGCACUGA